AUGUCCUAUGGACCACAUCCGACCCGCCACAGUAUGAAUGGGGCCUUUGGAACCCCACUCAUGGAUGGCAUGGAGGUGAACGGCACAUCCCAAAAUGGUCAUUUGACAAGCAGUCAGCCAACAGGCUUGAGGACAAUUGAUCCUGAGGCUUUGAAGAAUCGUUUAUAUUCUUAUGCACCACAGCAGUCUAGAGGAAAUUCCAAAGCUCUUAAUUUUGGAAGAGUCACAAGAGCUCAGAUGAAGAAAGCGAAUAUUCCUCGUGCUGCAAAGCUAGAACCAGUGCCUAGCCUACAGAAGUACCAAGAAAGGAAUCAGCCGGAGUUCCUACAGAGGAAGUUCCGUGAGGAACAAAUUGCUAGGGGAACAUUAAUCCAGAAGGAGGAACCAGCCUCUAAAAAGAUGCGGAGACAGGGGUCAGUAGAUCCUCUGGAAAGGAGUGCCACAGAGUCACCCCUUCCAGACCUUCCAGAGGACUUGAAGACCAAACAGGAAUCCCUAGUACGGAUGCCCACUCCUCCAAAGUCUCCUAAACCUGCAUCCCCCAGAAGUAGAGUUCAUGCCCAGGGACCAAAAGUACAACAGUCUACCAAACCAAAAUUGCUGGAGACAUUUGAGGGACUUUGUGAUGCCCAGGAAAUCAUAGACAUCAUCAAAUAUGACAGAGGUGUAGGCUUCAUGUACCUCAGUCCUGCUGUGCCAAAAACAUCAGUCAAAUAUCACUACUACAACCUCAGGGUUGUGAGUCACGAGAACAUCAACAAGGCAGACUAUUGUACAAUCAGCCAGCAAGGUGCUGCCCGUAUGAGAAGUGACGACGAAACAGAAUUUGUUACACUGGACCGCUGGGAACAAGAGUAUCACUAUUUUCAGAAACUCAUCAAGAUCCGAACUUUUGCGCUGUUCAGGAAGUGGAAGGCAUUUAACGUGUGGCGUAAAAAUGUGAGAACAAAGCGACUAAAGGACUGCACUAAAUCCCUAAACGAGAACCUCUUCAUUGUCAACCCAUCGUUGCGGCCAGCUCUGCUUAAUGUACGAGAGAUGUGUCACCGUAUCAGUGAUAUGGGUCUGUGUAAGGUGGAGAAGGGCAACACGUACACCCUCACAGACUUCAAGGACGCACAGUUCAAACAGCUGGAGGAGGUUGCUGGUCGUUUGACUGAGUUCCGAGAGCUGGUUAAGGAGGUUGUACGCAGUGCUUGUAGAACUGCCCUACUAGAGGCAGGUUUCACCCCAGAUGAUUACUUCUAUGAUGGCGCUGAAAGUCCAGGACUCAUGGGUGAUGCUGCUCCAGGGACAUCCUCCAGUUAUCUCAUGCCUAGUAACUAUGAUAUGGACAUAUAUGGUGAAGCACCUGACAGGAUGACUUACACUGAACAGGCCAACAAACGCUCUCACUGUAAACAGCUCACAAACUUUAUCCGUCUGGCAGAUUACCUCAUUGUAAACACGAUGCAUGUGUUGGCCGUAAACUCUGUAUCCACACUUCUUAACUACCUCACGGAGCAGCUAUCGUCCACACCGACCAUCGCACAGAUCCAGGCAUUUGCAGACGAGGCCAAGGAAGAAGCUGAUAAGCUGAUUGAAAAUGAGGACGGAGAGAAGCCUAAAAAGGAUGAAAAAGAAAAAGUGAAAGAAGUUCCAAGUACUGAUGCUACGGUAGGUGAUGAGGAUGAAGUUCCCCAGGCCCCGCCCCUCUUCAUCACGGAGUUUGUUCUGGAACCAAACCAGCUUCUUUUCCAGCCAGAUCUGGAGGAUUUCCAGGAGGGACUGAAGGAUGUCAUACAGAAAUUCCAGGAUGCUGUGCUGUCUGUACAGAAUCUUGUCCCUGAUACUUACUUUGAUGCCUUUACAAGGCCGAUCAUAAACAACAAGUUUGAGGAGAAGACAUGCGGUGAUGGACCAAGCCUCACCACCAUGUUUGAGGACGACAAACAUCUUAACACCAUCAUUGAUAACAUCAAGGAUGCUACAGCAGCCGCUUUCAACGCAGCCUCACAGUACGCAGACACCUUCGAGCCGCAUCGUGAAUUCUUCAGGGAAAAUGAGAGUAUGGACCUGGAGGCUGUCAAAACACGGGAGCAUGAUGUUGCAUUCUUUACGGAGGCUUUGGAACGCUUCAAUGGCCAGCAUCGCAUGGCCCAGGUGAUCAAGGAAAAACGACCAAUCGGGAUGCUCCUUGUGGACGGCACCAAGAUGAAGAACCUGUUGAUACCUUCCCCGUUACGCUGUCUGGACGUGGUGAACGAUCUGCUGCCUAUCAAGGCUCACAAUGAAGUGAACCGUCUUAUAGCUGAACUACAGGAUGCUCAGUUUAAACUGGAAUUUGCACCGACCACAACAAUGGAGUUUGUGAAGACGCUUACAUUCCUGGACGAUAUACAAGUCAGGAUUGACCCAGCUGAGAAGGAGGCUAUGGUAGUUAAGGAUAUGUAUGAGUUGAUAGACCUGUACAGUGUACCAACACCUCCAGAGGACUUCGCUGUCUACCAGACACUUGGCCCAAGUAUUACAAAUGUGCGUAAUGCCAUUGACAAGAGUUUGACAGAACGAGAUGCCAACAUUGACAAGUUCUGCACCCACCUUGACAAGGAUAUUGCUGAACUGGCAAAGGAGGUCAAGGAGGUUAAACAGGAGGCACAGAACCCUAUGAUCUUGGAUGUGAACUCUGAGAAGGACAAAGUGCGUAACAUUCUGUCAAGGUUAUUGACACAGAUGGAUGACCUUCAGAAACGUGCCUUCACCUACAAAUCCUACCAAAAGAACUUUAAGGUGGAGGUAACGAAGUUUGAUGCACUGGAGGAAGCACACGCAGAACUCAAACUGAAGGAGUUGCUGUGGACAGCCAUUGACGACUGGGAUAAACUACUGUUGGAUUGGACGACUGUUCCAUUUGAGACGCUGGAUCCCGAAGCCAUGAAUGCGACUACGAUGAAGUAUGCCAAGUCUGUGAUGCAGUUAGAGAAAGGACUUCCACCUAACCAGGUUGUACCAGUAUUGAAAGAAAAGGUGGAGGAGAUGAGAGAAAGGCUGCCUGUGAUAACAGACCUUCGAAACCCCACUCUGAAACCUCGCCACUGGGAAAUGAUUGAGAACAUACUUGAUCACAAAUUUACUCCGGAGGAUCCUUUGACUUUUGGAAAACUUACGGAGAUACAGGCCUUCAAGAGUGCUGAAGCCCUCCAAGAGAUCUCUGGCAAGGCUAGUUCUGAAGCCAGUCUUGAAAGCAUCCUCAAGAAGGUCGAGGAUUCCUGGAAGACAACAGAAUUUAUGGUACUUUACCACAAAGAUAGCAAGGAUGUGUUCAUUCUUGGUGGAACAGAUGAAAUCCAACAGCUCCUUGACGACAGCAACAUCAACAUAGCAACCAUUGCCAGCUCUCGUCAUGUUGGACCAAUUAAAUCUCGUGUGGAUGACUGGGUCAAACAGCUUGAUCUCUUUGGAAAGACCUUGGAUGAAUGGCUGAACUGCCAGAGAUCCUGGCUGUAUUUGGAGUCGAUCUUUAGUGCCCCCGACAUACAGCGUCAGCUUCCAGCGGAGGCAAAAAUGUUCAUGCAGGUGGACAAAUCCUACAAAGACAUUAUGAGGAAGGUAAACAAGGUGCCACUAGCCAUCCGUGCAGCUACACAGCCUGGACUUUUGGAGACAUUCCAGAACAACAAUGCCCUCCUUGACCAGAUCCAGAAGUGUCUUGAGGCUUACCUAGAAUCAAAACGAGCCAUCUUCCCACGGUUUUACUUCCUGUCUAACGAUGAGUUGCUGGAGAUUCUGGCCCAGACUAGGAACCCCUUAGCAGUACAACCCCAUCUCCGGAAGUGCUUCGAUGCCAUUGCCAAAUUGGAGUUUGGCAUUCAGUCAGAGCAGACUGAAGAUCAAGAAGUACAGUACAGUAACGACAUUCUUGCCAUGGUGUCACCAGAGAGUGAGAAAGUCAGCCUCGGCAGGGGGCUGAAGGCCAGAGGUAACGUGGAAGACUGGCUUGGAAAGGUAGAGGAAGCCAUGUUUUCUAAUCUUCGUCGUCUCACCAAGGCGGCCAUUGGUGACUUUGAGAAACGUCCUCGUAAGGAAUGGGUUGUCUCCCAUGCUUCUCAGAUUGUGCUGGCAGUGUCACAAAUUGUCUGGUGUCGGGAUGUGACAGAAAUUUUAGAAAGCGACACAUUUGACCGCGUAGAGGGAAUGAAAGAAUUUGAACAGAAAAACUUUAGAGAUCUGAAUGAGUUGGCUAGUGUUGUGCGCCAGGAAAUCCCCAAACUAGCGCGUGCAAACCUGUGUGCCCUGAUCACCAUUGACGUACACGGUAGAGAUAUGAUCACGGAGAUGUGUCAAAACAAGGUGGAUGACGUCAACAGCUUUGAGUGGCAGAAGCAGCUGCGCUAUUACUGGGACCUUGAGAUUGACAACUGUGCUAUCCGUAUGUCAAACUCCCUGUAUGUGUGUGGGUAUGAGUAUCUGGGGGCUUCAGCUCGUCUGGUCAUCACUCCACUCACUGAUCGCUGCUAUCUAUGUCUGAUGGGGGCACUACAGCUUGACCUGGGUGGGGCCCCAGCAGGUCCGGCAGGAACAGGAAAGACUGAGACCACAAAAGAUCUUGCUAAAGCCCUGUCUAAACAGUGUGUUGUCUUCAACUGCUCCGAUGGUCUCGACUACAAGAUGAUGGGUCGUUUCUUCUCUGGCCUGGCUCAGUCUGGUGCCUGGUGCUGCUUCGACGAGUUCAACCGGAUUGACAUUGAGGUGUUGUCUGUGAUUGCCCAGCAGUUGAUUACAAUCAGAAAUGCCAAAGCUGCCAAAGUAUCAAGAUUCAUGUUUGAGGGCCGUGAGAUCAAACUUAUCUCCACAUGCGCUGCCUUCAUCACAAUGAACCCAGGAUAUGCUGGUCGUACUGAACUACCUGACAACCUUAAAGCACUGUUCCGACCCUUCGCUAUGAUGGUGCCCGACUAUCGUUUAAUCGCAGAAGUGAUCCUCUACUCUGAGGGUUUUGAAUCCUCCAAGAAUCUGGCUCAGAAAAUGACCCAGAUGUACAAGUUGUGUAGUGAACAGCUCUCCCAGCAGGAUCAUUAUGACUUUGGUAUGCGUGCCGUGAAAUCUGUGCUUGUGAUGGCAGGAGCACUGAAGAGACAGAAUCCUGACAAGAGUGAGGAUGUAGUGUUGAUUCGUGCACUCAGGGACAGUAAUCUGCCGAAAUUUCUCCAACAGGAUGCUCUCCUGUUCCAGGCCAUUUUACAAGAUCUGUUCCCUGGCGUCGAGAUUCCGGAACACGACUACGGACGUCUACGUGAGGAAAUCAUUAAUGUGAUUGAGGCGAAGAAUCUACAGGUAGUGGAAACCCAGAUCACCAAAAUCAUACAGCUGUAUGAGACCAUGGUGGUACGACAUGGGGUCAUGCUGGUUGGACCGACCGGGGGCGGCAAGACUAGUGUUUACAAUAUACUCGGAGACACACUGACCAAUCUCCACACCGCCAAAGUGGACAACUAUUUCUACCAACCUGUACACACAUAUGUAAUGAACCCGAAGGCCAUCACCAUGGAGGAGUUGUACGGAGGAGUCAACAAACUCACGCUGGAGUGGGCAGACGGCCUCAUGGCCAUCACUGUUAGGAAAUGUGUCAACGACACAACGGAGGACCAUCAGUGGGUGAUAUGUGACGGUCCAGUUGAUGCCCUUUGGAUUGAGAACAUGAAUACUGUGCUGGAUGAUAACAAGAUGUUGUGUCUUGCCAACAGUGAACGAAUCAAAUUCACCCCGUUCAUUCACAUGUUGUUUGAAGUUCAGGACUUAGCCGUGGCCUCACCUGCCACUGUCAGUCGCUGUGGUAUGGUGUUUAUUGAUCCCGGAGAGCUAAAAUGGCUACCGUUUGUCCAGACUUGGAUUACAAAUUUCUCAGAGAAGAUGAAGCCGGAGACUUCUGAAUAUCUACUAGAACUGUUCAAGAAGUAUGUGGAAUCUGGCCUGGUCUUUGUCCACAAGAAGUGUACUCAAGCCAUUAACCAGGUUGACAUCAACAAGGUCUCCAUGUUGUGUAAGCUGCUCGAGUCUCUAUUGUUCCAACGAGGAGGCCCUGACUUGAGUAUGGACCCCAGCAAACUUAACAUCAUUAUAUGUACGACCUUCGUAUUCUGCUAUGUCUGGUCCAUCGGAGGUAACCUCAUCGAGACAAACUGGGAUGCUUUUGACUCGUUCUGUCGCAAUCUGUUUGAUGAUAACGGUGAUGCCAAGUUACCAGCCGGAGGGGAUCUGUGGAGUUGUUAUAUGGACUUUGAGACACGUCGAAUGGACAACUGGGAGAAGAUAGUGCCUGCCUUUAAGUAUGAUAAGGAGAUGCCAUUCUUUGAGAUGUUGGUACCUACUGUUGAUACAGUGCGCUUUGGAUACCUACUACAGAAGUUAUUAGCCGUGCGAUUCUCAGUUCUAUUCACUGGAGGAACUGGCGUUGGCAAGUCUGUGAUAGCAAGAGGCCUGCUGAACAAUAUCGCAGAGAAAGCUGAUUACGUGCCCGUCUUCAUCAACUUCUCAGCUCAGACCAGCAGCAAACGUACCCAGGAAAUGAUUGAGGGCAAACUAGAGAAGAGAAGGAAAAAUGUCAUUGGUGCGCCGACUGGAAAACGAGUAAUCAUCUUCAUUGAUGAUCUCAACAUGCCAAAACUAGACACAUAUGGAUCACAGCCUCCAAUUGAACUUCUACGACAGUACCAAGAUUUUGGUGGCAUGUACGACCGUCAAAAACUCAACUGGAAGGAGAUUCAGGACGUAACACUGGCAGCUGCAUGUGCGCCCCCUGGUGGUGGCCGUAAUCCUGUGUCACCCAGAAUGUUCCGUCAUUUUGCCAUGCUGUGUAUUCCCUCACCUUCGGAACACAGUCUGAAGCACAUGUUUAUGCAAAUUUUGACUGGGUUCCUCAUGGAUUUCCCGACCUCAGUACGACAGUGCACAGAGUCGAUUGUUACUGCGGCAGUGGAGAUUUACGGGAGAAUGUACACAGACUUACUCCCCACACCCGCAAAGUCUCACUAUGUCUUCAACCUCCGAGAUCUCUCCAAAUGUGUACAGGGUGUACUCCAGGCUGACACAGGUGUGAUCAGAGACAAUAAGCAGAUGUUCCGUCUGUUCUGUCAUGAGGCCAUGCGUGUGUUCCACGACCGACUUAUUAACAAUGAAGACAAACAGUACUUCUAUACGAUCCUGGCAGAGAUGGCUAGCAAACAUUUUGGAGAGAAUGUGGAGCCAGACUCUUUCUCGGCUAACCCAAUUCUGUUUGGAGACUUCAUUAAGAUGGGUGCUGAUGCCGCAGACCGUUUGUAUGAAGAACUGGAAUUGAAGAAAGUUAAAAGUGUGCUGCAAGAUUACCUGGAUGAUUUCAACAUGCAAUCCUCAAAGGAGAUGAAGCUAGUGUUUUUCAUGGACGCUAUCGAACAUGUGUCACGUAUUACUCGAAUGAUCCGACAGGAGCGAGGCAACGCCCUUCUUGUUGGUGUUGGUGGUACUGGUAAACAGUCCCUCACCAGACUUGCUGCUCAUAUCUGUGGAUACCAGAAUUUCCAGAUAGAGUUGAGUCGAGGUUACGACUAUAACGCAUUUCACGAUGAUCUGAAGAAACUUUACCAAUCGGCAGGAGUAAAGAAUGAACACACUGUCUUCUUGUUUACAGAUACACAGAUUGUAGUGGAGGAGUUUUUAGAGGAUAUCAACAAUAUCCUUAACUCUGGUGAAGUUCCAAACCUGUUUGAACCGGAUGAGUAUGAACAGCUUAUCAUUGGAUGUCGGGCUGGCGCCAAGGAAGCUGGUAUCCCAGAGGGGAACAGAGACGCCAUCUAUGAGUUCUGUAUUAACCGUGUCAGGAAUAACUUACACAUUGUGUUGUGUAUGAGUCCAGUGGGAAAUGCUUUCCGAACGCGCUGUCGGAUGUUCCCGUCCUUGGUGAACUGCUGUACUAUCGACUGGUUUACAGAGUGGCCAAGGGAAGCUUUGCUCGGUGUGUCACAGUCCUUCUUUGAAAAUGUUGAACUCGGCAAAGAUGAACUCAGAACGUCCGUCGCCGAGAUGUGUGUGGAGAUACACACCAGUGUAAGCAGUAUGGCAGAACGAUUCUACUCUGAACUGAAGCGACGUUACUACACCACUCCCACCAGCUACUUAGAGUUAAUCAACCUGUAUCUGAGCAUGCUCGGCGAGAAAACAAAGUCACUGAAGAAUGCUCGUGAUCGAGUCCAGAAUGGUCUGAUUAAGCUACUGGAGACCAAUGAGUUGGUGGACAACAUGAAGAAGGAGCUGGUAGCUCUGGAGCCGGAGCUAAAGAAGAAAUCACAGGACACGAAUGAGUUGAUGGAACGUCUGGUGGUGGACCAAGAAUCAGCGGACAAGGUGCGUAAAGUUGUCAUGGAAGACGAAGCCACAGCUAAAGCUAAAGCCGAGGAGACUCAGGCCAUCGCAGACGACGCCCAGAGAGACCUGGAUCAAGCUCUCCCUGCCUUAGAUGCUGCAGUAAAGGCUCUUGAUGCUCUUGACAAGAAUGACAUCGCUGAGAUCCGUGUGUUCUCUAAACCACCAGAGUUGGUACAAACUGUCAUGGAGGCUGUGUGUAUAUUAAUGGGAAGCAAGACAGACUGGGCAUCAGCUAAGUCGUUGUUGGGCGACUCUAAUUUCCUCAAGAACAUGUUAAAUUAUGACAAAGACAGCAUUGCUGAGAGCACAUUAAGGAAACUGAAGAAAUAUGUAGACAAUCCUAAGUUUGUUCCUGAGGCUGUGGAGAAAGUCUCCAAGGCCUGUAAGUCCAUGUGCAUGUGGGUUCUUGCUAUGGAUUGUUACUCGCACGUCUUUAAAACAGUGGAGCCGAAGAGACAAAAGCUAGCAGCAGCUGAAUCCGAACUGGAAACAGUCAUGUCCUUGUUAAAGGAGAAGCAGGACCAGUUGGCAGCCGUCGAGGCAAAGAUUGCCGAACUACAGAAGACAUACGAUGAAAGUGUCGCAGAAAAACAGAAACUAGAACGCAAUAUUGCCCAGACAGCAUCCCGCCUGAAACGUGCAGCUAAGCUAACGACAGCUUUGGGCGAUGAGCAAGUGAGAUGGGAUGAAACAGUCAAGGACUUUAACAAACAAAUCGGUAAUGUGGUGGGUGAUGUGUUUGUGUCUGCGGCUUGUGUGGCGUACUAUGGAGCAUUUACAGCAAAGUACCGUCACGAGCUGGUGUCUGGGUGGACAGAGCGAUGUCAGGAGAUGGAAAUUCCAGUCACUCCAGGAAUGACCAUCAUCUCCGUCCUCGCUGACCCGUUUGAGAUCCGACAGUGGAACAUGGAUGGUCUCCCGAAGGAUCAGUUGUCCACAGAAAAUGCCAUCUUGGUGACACGGGGCCGAAGAUGGCCCCUCAUGAUAGACCCACAAGAACAGGCUAACCGAUGGAUUAGAAGUAAAGAAGCUAAAAAUGGCCUGAAGUUCAUCAAGCUCACUGACAGUAAUUUCCUUCGCACCCUGGAGAACUGUAUACGUAUUGGUAUGCCUGUGCUAUGCGAGGACCUUGGCGAGUCUCUAGAUCCGGCACUCGAGCCUGUCCUCCUCAAACAGACGUUUAUGUCUGGUGGCCGUCUACUGAUCCGUCUCGGAGACAGUGAUAUUGAUUACGACCGUAACUUCCGUUUCUUCAUGACGUCCAAGAUGACAAAUCCUCAUUACCUCCCUGAGGUGUGUAUCAAAGUGACCAUCAUCAACUUCACAGUCACCAAACAGGGACUAGAGGACCAGUUACUGGGUGAUGUGGUUGGCUUAGAGAGACCAGACCUAGAAGAACAAAGAAAUCAGCUUAUCAUGAAGAUUAACGCUGAUAAGAACCAAUUAAAGGCUAUUGAGGAUAGGAUUCUCAAGCUUUUAUUUGAAUCAGAAGGCAACAUCUUGGACAAUGAGGAGCUUAUCAACACUCUUAACGAAUCCAAGGUGACUUCAGGUGUGAUAAAACAGCGUCUGGCUGAGGCAGAAGUGACAGAGGAGAAAAUUAACACAGCUCGUGAGAAGUACAUCCCAGUGGCUGCACGCGGCUCUGUCAUGUACUUUGUUGUCGCUGACAUGGGCGAGGUAGACCCCAUGUACCAGUUCUCACUGAAGUACUUCAAACAGCUUUUCAACACCACUAUUUCCACAAGUGAGAAGAACUCUGACCUACAGAAGCGUCUUAAGAUUUGUCUUGAUGAAACAACAAGUGCUAUCUACAAAAAUGUUGCCAGGGCACUGUUUGAGAAAGACAAGCUUGUGUUUUCCUUCAUGUUGUGUGUGGAAAUCAUGAAACAAGAAGGUUUCAUCUCGAUACCUGAAUGGAACUUCUUCCUGCGUGGUGCUGCCGGCAUGGACCGUCAACGGGCCCCUAAACCAGAUGUGGACUUUAUAAAGGUACUCACGUGGAAUCAAGCCUGUGAUAUCAACGAUACCCUUCCUAUCUUUAGAGGUGUGCAUACAGAUCUCCUCAAAACACCAGUGUGGGUCAAACUCGGAGAAACUGAGAUCCAUGCCAAUCCUGACGAAUAUGAAACAUACGAGCCACUUCCUCCAGAGCCAGAACCAUUGAAGGAAGGUCAGGAACAGGAAAUAGAGGUCGAUGAUGGCAAGAUCAAAGGUCACUGGAAUCUUCGUCUCACGAGCUUCCAGAAACUUAUGUUCAUCAAAGUUUUCCAGGAAGAGAAGACAAUCUUUGCCGUGACUGACUUUGUGCGUGAGAACCUCGGACAACAAUUUGUGGAGAGUCCUCCAGUUAGUCUACAGACCCUCUAUGAUGACAUGAACAAAAUCACACCUCUAGUGUUUGUGCUGAGUACAGGAUCUGAUCCCAUGGGAGCCUUCCUGAGGUUUGCGAGGGAGAAAGGUUACUCAGACAAGAUUCAGUCAAUCUCCUUGGGACAAGGGCAGGGACCUGUGGCUGAGAAGCUGAUUGCAAGUGCUGUGAAGAGUGGUGACUGGGUCAUUUUACAGAACUGUCACCUGGCUGCUUCCUGGAUGUUGUCUAUGGAGAAUGUUGUGAAACAGAUGGGAGAAGCGCCACAUGAUAUACACGAAGAUUUCCGCCUCUUCCUCAGCUCUAUGCCCUCUAAGACAUUCCCUGUCAGUGUCCUUCAGAACAGUGUCAAGGUCACCAAUGAACCUCCUAAGGGCCUGCGUGCAAAUAUGAGGCGUGCAUUUGGCGAGAUGACGCCCACCUUCUUUGAAGAAAAUGUGUUGGGAGUGAAAUGGAAGAGAAUGAUCUUCGGACUUUGUUUCUUCCAUGCCAUUAUUCUGGAAAGGAAGAAGUUUGGUCCACUAGGAUGGAAUAUACGGUACGAGUUCAGUGACAGUGACAGAGAGUGUGCCCUACUUAACCUACAGAUGUUCUGUAAAGACGGCAACAUUCCAUGGGAUGCACUCAUCUACAUCUCCAGAGAGAUUACAUAUGGAGGGCGUGUCACUGAUGUUCAUGACAAGAGAUGUCUUGGUACAGUACUUAAAACAUUUUUCUACCCUGAGACACUUGCUCCAGAUUACCUGUACUCACCUUCAGGUAUCUACUACGCCCCAGACUUUGAGGAACUGCAACAGUACAGAGACUACAUUGAGUCCUUACCACAGGUUGAGGAACCAGAAAUAUUUGGCAUGCACGAAAACGCCAAUAUAGCAUUCCAGAACCAAGAAACCACAGCCCUGGUGACUACAAUUCUAGACGUACAACCACGUUUGUCUUCUGGUGGUACUGGCAAGUCAAACGAUGAAAUUGUGUAUGAACUAGCCGAGAAUAUUCUGGAGAAGAUGAUGGACAAAUUAGACAUUGAUGAGGCAAACCAGGAGAUGUUUGCACUGGACGCCAAGGGUCGUCUUAACUCACUCACAACUGUCCUCACACAGGAGGUUGACCGCUUCAACAACCUGCUCAGAGUCAUCAAGAACUCUCUCCUGACACUGCAGAAAGCCAUUAAGGGGAUGGUGGUAAUGAGUGAAGCCCUAGAAGGGGUCUACAAUGCUUUCCUCAACAAACAGGUGCCGACAAUGUGGGCGAAUGCUGCCUACCCCUCUCUGAAGCCCCUAGGCUCAUGGGUAGAGGAUCUGACAUAUCGUACCGCCUUUAUUGACAACUGGAUCAGACAUGGACUACCCAAGUCGUUCUGGAUGUCAGGUUUCUUCUUCCCUCAAGGUUUCUUGACGGGGUCUCUUCAGAAUUAUGCCCGUAAGUACAACCUACCCAUUGAUCAUCUCUCGUUCCACUUCCAUCCCAUGAAGCUUUUCCGGGACCAGAAGGAAGUCACAAAACAAAUGGCGGAGCUGAAAUUCGGAGAGGAGAUCGAACUUGACAAAGAGAUCGUACUUCCGGAGGAUGGUGUGCUGGUACACGGCAUGUUUAUGGAUGGAUGUCGUUGGGACACCGAAGAUAUGGUUGUUGUUGAUUCUGUUCCUGGCAUCAUGAACGAUGUUCUUCCUGUGAUACAUAUGGAGCCUAAGAUGGACUUCAGUCCCGACCCAGAGGACUACCGAGCUCCACUUUACAAAACAUCGGCCCGCGCUGGUGUCCUCUCCACCACAGGUCAUUCAACCAACUUUGUAGUGAUGACCCAUUUACCAUCCAAGUUCUCCAACGACUACUGGAUUGCCAAGGGUGCCGCACUGCUGUGUCAACUCAACGACUAAUCAGGGAUACACCAUACACCAGCAACUGACUUAUAAAAUAUCAUCAAAUAGUGAAAAAAAACCACGAUUACUGACCCGUUAUUGGGAGGAGCCAAAUGUGCUAUAUAUAGUAGAAAGUGUUUAUUACGAUUUGUGUAAAAAACUUUUCAUGGAAUUAAAUUAUUUUUGUAUCAAAAUUUUAACGAGGUUUGAUCUAUCCGACGAAUUCCUGGACACGGUGUGUUUCUCCUUGUAUAUUUAAAAUCAAAGUUAUUUCAUGUGUUAUAAAAGUAAUAAUCAUCAUUCAUUAAAAACUGUCAGCUUGAUGGCAUAUUUAAAAAAAGUAAUUCAUUGAUUUGUGGGGAUGUGUAUAGAGAUAAGAAAAAAAGAAAUUAAAGAUGAAUUCAGUCCGAUAAACUAUUUAACAGAACAGAAUGCAGGUAAUUUUAGUCAUAUAAAAAAAAAAGUUGAACUUGAGAAUUUCCAGUCCUUGUUUUUUUUAUCAAAUUUCUGAUACUGAGAAGGGAUCUCUUGCAUGUUAAAUGAGUUUUAUCUCGUGCCUGUUUUUUUAAAUUGUGUCUUAAUCACCUCACUGUUAAAUAAUCAUUAAAUGUGCCUUGUCUAUAUCAUAGUGUUAAAUUGUUUGUACAUUCCUUGUAUUUAUUUGCCUUUCAGAAUAAAUUCGGUUUCCUUAUUUACAUUCGUUAAGAACCCCGAUUAUCUUUAGAUUCCGUCCGUUUGACUGUGAUAUUAACUUGACACUAGGAGUCAGCCUCUAUAUUUAUAGUAACUGUGUCCCAGGCCUUACACAGUGUGUAGUGAAGUAGAAUGAUCUAAUAUACAAUUAUAUGUGAUAAACCUGGAUCCUCAUCGUGACAUAGUAUUAUAUGUAAUUUUAUACGUUGAUACAAUACGUACUAAAGUAUUUUACUGAUAAACUCUAUCUAUUUAUGUGAUAUUUAAACUUCAAAUUCAUGAUGCGUUUUUGUUUUUAUGUACAUUUUUGAAUAUAUUGAAGUACAAUUUUGUUUAAAAUUUGACAAGAUGGCAUCACUAUUUUG